GGGCCGCGGGGCAUUGUGGGUCACCGCGCUGCCGCUGCUGCUUCGCCAUGUCUGGCUCCCCGGUGAAGCGGCAGAGGAUGGAGAAUGCUCUGGACCAGCUCAAGCAGUUCACCACCGUGGUGGCCGAUACGGGCGACUUUCACGCCAUCGACGAGUACAAGCCCCAAGAUGCCACCACCAACCCGUCCCUGAUCCUGGCGGCCGCGCAGAUGCCCGCCUACCAGGAGCUGGUGGAGGAGGCCAUCGCCUUCGGCAAGAGGCUGGGCGGGGCUCAAGAGGAGCAGAUCCAAAAUGCCAUCGAUAAACUUUACGUGCUCUUUGGGGCAGAGAUACUGAAGAAGAUUCCGGGCCGCGUGUCCACGGAGGUGGAUGCGAGGCUCUCCUUCGACAAGGACGCCAUGGUGGCCCGGGCCAGGCGUCUCAUCGAGCUCUACAAGGACGCCGGGAUCGGCAGGGACCGGGUUCUGAUCAAGCUCUCAUCCACCUGGGAGGGGAUCCAGGCUGGAAAGGAGCUGGAGCAGCAGCACGGCAUCCACUGCAACAUGACGUUGCUCUUCUCCUUCGCCCAGGCUGUGGCCUGCGCCGAGGCAGGGGUGACGCUCAUCUCCCCCUUCGUGGGGCGCAUCCUCGAUUGGCACGUGGCCAACACAGACAAGAAAGUGUACGAGCCCCUGGAGGACCCUGGGGUGAUAAGUGUCACCAAGAUCUACAACUACUACAAGAAGUUUGGCUACAAGACCAUCGUCAUGGGCGCCUCCUUCCGCAACACGGGCGAAAUCAAGGCACUGGCAGGCUGCGACUUCCUCACCAUCUCCCCCAAGCUCCUGGGGGAGCUGCUCAAGGACAGCAGCAAGCUGGCGCCCAUGCUCUCGGUCAAAGCGGCCCAGGCCAGUGACCUGGAGAAGAUCCACCUGGAUGAGCGGGCCUUCCGCUGGCUGCACAACGAGGACCAAAUGGCCGUGGAGAAGCUCUCCGACGGGAUCCGGAAGUUUGCUGUGGACGCCGUGAAGCUGGAGCGGGUGCUGGCGGAGCGGAUGUUCAGCACAGAGAACGGGAAGUAACCGGAGGCUGGAUCACAGAUGACCUGACUUGAGUCUGGGUCUGAUUUACACAAGCCUGGUGAUGAAUCUUGCAAUUUUUUACUGAUUGGAGCAGGGACAGAUCAUAGAUUUCUGAUUUUAUGCAAAACUUUCACUCAAUACAUUAAACAGUCACGUUUUC